AAAGGAGACAAAAUAAACAUUUUUUUUUUCAAAAAACAAAGAGAAACAAGAAAAGGGGCCCUGUGCUUUCCGUUCAAAUGGCAAAAACCCUCGAUCACCGUGAGCUCUGCGUUGUCUACACAAAACCCUCGGUCCCUGUGAGACGCCCUGCCUUUCUGCAUUCUCCUUGAUUUGUCGGGUAAAAUCUUUUUGGUGCCAGUCAAACCCUGUGAGACGCCCUGCCUUUCGCUCCUUCGAGCGGGGAAUCUUUAUCCGUGGAAAUUUUGGACGAGCAACACCAGCCUUGCAAUCAACGUCGUUCUCUACUUGGGCUUAUAAAUAUUAUUACCACCUGCUUUCCCAUUCAACCAACCUUUCUGCCUUUUCUCCACCCUAAGGAAAAAAUAUAAAACUUUAUGUAAAGGAUACCUAUAUAUACCACAAUUUUAUGAAGAAAAAAAAAACGGAACAAUCCUUUGGGAAGCUGAGAAGCAGCCAUAUACUUGAAGCAAAAUUUAUCACAGGGAACAAGCAGCCCGAAUGGUUGGCCCCUACAAGGGCACCGUCACUCUCAUUAAUUUCAGCAAAUUGGCCGGUGGCGAUUUUAUUUUCAUAAACUCCGCGCUUCCGCUGUCAGAUUGACAGUGGAUUUGUGAAAAACAAAGUUCCGCAGAACAUUCUGCAGUUAAAUGAGGGCUUUGCUUUUUUUUAUUAUCAUAUUUACAAACGGUCAAAACUUACCACUUGAAUGGAUACGUAAAUUGGAUAAAUAAUUUAUAUGUCGUUUUUGAUCCGGAUAUCUACAGAGCUUUUGUUGUAGGGUUUAACUAAAAUUGGAGGAAGAUGAGGAUUAUGAUAAAGGGAGGUGUUUGGAAAAACACCGAAGAUGAGAUUCUGAAGGCGGCUGUUAUGAAAUAUGGGAAGAAUCAAUGGGCGCGUAUUUCUUCUCUGCUUGUUCGGAAAUCAGCAAAGCAGUGCAAAGCCCGGUGGUAUGAGUGGCUCGAUCCUUCUAUCAAAAAGACAGAAUGGACAAGAGAAGAGGAUGAGAAGCUACUUCACCUUGCAAAACUUAUGCCAACACAGUGGAGGACAAUUGCACCAAUUGUUGGGCGAACUCCAUCUCAGUGCCUGGAACGUUAUGAGAAACUUUUGGAUGCGGCCUGUGUGAAGGAUGAAAACUAUGAACCUGCUGAUGAUCCUCGGAAGCUAAGGCCUGGUGAAAUAGAUCCUAAUCCAGAAUCCAAACCUGCAAGGCCUGAUCCAGUUGAUAUGGAUGAAGAUGAAAAAGAGAUGUUAUCUGAAGCACGAGCUCGCUUAGCCAACACUCGAGGUAAAAAAGCAAAGAGAAAAGCACGAGAAAAGCAACUUGAGGAGGCAAGAAGGCUUGCCUCUCUUCAGAAACGGAGGGAAUUGAAGGCAGCAGGCAUUGAAGGCAAGCAGAGGAAAAGAAAGAGAAAAGGAAUUGAUUAUAAUGCAGAGAUUCCAUUUGAGAAGAAGCCUCCUCCGGGAUUUUUUGAUGUUGUUGAUGAGGAAAGACAGGUCGAGCAGCCUCAGUUUCCAACUACAAUAGAAGAGCUAGAAGGAAAGAGACGGGUUGAUAUAGAAGCUCAGUUAAGGAAACAAGAUAUUGCACGCAAUAAAAUUGUACAGAGGCAUGAUACACCCUCAGCUGUAAUGCAGGUUAACAAGCUCAAUGAUCCAGAAGCAGUUAGGAAGAGAUCAAAACUCAUGCUUCCAGCUCCACAAAUUUCAGAUCGAGAGCUUGAAGAAAUAGCAAAAAUGGGUUAUGCAAGUGACCUUGUUUUGGGGGAAGAUGAACUUGCAGGCGGUAGUGGUGCUGCCCGUGACCUCCUUGCAAACUAUAGUCAGACUCCACGGCUGGGCAUGACACCUUUAAGAACGCCACAAAGAACUCCAGGUGGGAAAGGAGAUGCCAUUAUGAUGGAGGCUGAAAAUCAAGCACGUUUAAGAGAGGCACAAACUCCACUUUUUGGGGGAGAAAAUCCAGAGUUGCAUCCUUCAGAUUUCUCGGGAGUCACUCCCAAGAAAAAGGAGGUUCAGACUCCGAAUCCUAUUGCAACACCUUUGCACACUCCUGGAGCAAUUGGUUUAACUCCUCGAAUUGGAAUGACUCCAUCAAGAGAGAUAUCUACAUUUGGCAUGACUCCUAAAGGGACUCCUAUUAGAGAUGAGCUUCAUAUAAAUGAAGGUAUGGAAACUCCUGACAGCUCCAAGGCUGAAAGUCGAAGGCAAGCAGAGAUAAGAAGGAACUUGCGAGCUGGUUUAAGUGAACUUCCUGCACCGCAGAAUGAAUAUCAGAUAGUUGCCCCUGACCCUCCAACAGAUGAUGUUGAAGUGGCAGAACAAAUGGAAGAAGACAUGUCUGAUAAAUUAGCUAGAGAGAAAGCAGAAGCAGCUGCAAGACAGGUAGCAUUGCUUAGAAAAAGAUCAAAGGUUUUGCAGAGAGGCCUUCCAAGACCUCCUGUUGCUGCUGUGGAUUUAAUUAGGAAUUCUUUGAAAAGAAUAGAUGAUGAUAAUGGUUCUCUUGCACCAGCAAACUUAAUGGAGCAAGCUGAUGAAUUGAUCAGAAAAGAACUAAUGUCUUUACUGGAGCAUGACAUUGCGAAGUAUCCAUUUGAAGAUGACCUUACAAAGGAGAAAAAGAAAGGCAGCAAGAAUACUUCAAUUGGAAGGCCACAAGUUCCUAUUCCUCAAAUAGAUGAUUUUGAUGAGGGAGAACUAAUAGAGGUAGCCCAGUUAAUUGAAGAUGAAGUCUCAAUCUUAAGAGUGGGAAUGGGGCAUGGAGAAGCUUCAGUGGAUGAUUUUGCUGAAGCCCAUGAUGCUUGUCUGGAAGAUAUGAUGUUCUUCCCUGGUCGUAACAGCUAUGGUCUUGCAAGUGUGGCCAGUGUUACAGAUAAACUUACAGCACUACAACAUGAAUUUGAAAAUGUGCGGAAUCAUAUGGAAAGUGGGACAAGAAAAGCUGUUCGUCUUGAGACGAAGUUGAAAAUGUUGACUCAAGGCUAUCAAGUGAGGGCUGGUAAAUUGUGGACACAAAUAGAGGCAGCCUUCAAACAGGCAGAUACUUCUGGGACUGAACUGGAAUGUUUCCGGGCAUUACACAAGCAAGAGGAAUUGGCAGCUUCUAACAGAAAUGAAAGUUUACGAGAAGCAGUCAGUCAGCAAAAAGACCUUGAAAGAAAACUACAGAUUCGAUAUGAAAAUCUGCUUGUGGAACAGGAUAACAUGCAGAAAUCUAUACAGGAACACAAUAAAAGGACAGCUGAACAAAAUGAUACUAGCAAAGGGGAUGGCAGCAACCCUGAGCUGGCACAAUUGGCUUCUCGCCAGGUUGAUAUAGGUAGAUUAGAAACUGAGAACGUUGUGAAUGACAGUAACUCCGAUCUGGCACAGUGGGUCCCUCACCAGGUUGAUAUGGGUGGAUUAGAAACUGAGAAGGUUGUGGGUGGCAGCAAUCCUGAGUCAGCACAGUUGGCUUCAUGCCAGGUUGAUAUGGGGGGAUUAGAAACUGAGAAGGUUGUCACAGAAGCCUGGGUAGUUUCAUCUGAAGGCAAUGAUAUUGCUAUGUCAGAGAGUAGUGAGGCUCUUGAUGAUCAUCAUUCUUUGUCACUUGUCCAGGAUGGUAUUGAGAAGGUUAGCACUUCUGGUCAAAACAAAGAUAAUGCAGAAUUUUCUGAAAAGGCUACCAAUAUGAGGACUGAUUAUGCACUAAAGUUGGAUGGGCUUUACUCUAUUUUAGAGGAUGAAAACAUUGAUCAAGUCCCACAUGAUAAGGCCAAGUAGGUGGUUGAUUCAGAUGAGCAGACUCCUGUUUUAUGUAGUGAACAUAUUGAACAAGUUGUUCAGCAUCAGAGUGACCUGAUGGUCACAUUGGAUGGUCAGAUUUCUGUUGCAGAUGAUGUGGAUGCUCAACAUGAAAAUCAACAUAGUACUGAUAUGGUAGCUCAGACAGAGAGUUCGAAUACUGUUUUCACAUAUGACAAUGUUUAACAAUCAAGCCAACAGAAUACAAACAUGGUAAUUCAGUCAGAUGGUCAGCAUGAUGUUCCAAUGGAUGAGAAUGUUGAACAAGCAAACCGACACAUUACUGGCCUGGUAGCUCAGCCAGAAGUUCAGAAUGAUGUUUUGUUGGAUGAGAAUGUUGAAACAAAUCAACAUAAUACUGACCUGGUAGCUCAUUCAGACAGUCAGAAUGCACUUAUAAAGGAUGAAGAUGUUGAACGAAUUGAAAAAGAGAAAGAAAUGGUGGAAUCAUCAAUACCUCCUCCAAAUGAUAUCAGCAAAGAUGUUAUUGGACCCGUGAAGUUGCAGAAUCCUCUUUCAAAGUUAGUUGUGGAUUUGUCACUUGAAGAUCUUAAUACACAGGUAGAGGUUUCGGAUAAUAUGGAACAAGGUUUUGGCAACAAGGUUGAAGAUCCCCACAAACAGGUAGAGGUUUCAGAUUUGGAACAAUGCAUUUCAGCACAGACUAAUGCAGAGGUUGGCAACAAGGUUGAUGCCAUUGUGGAUGAUUGUAAAGCUAGGUUUGAAGAGCAAGUGGUUUUGUCAAAAGAUGAUGAUGGAACACAAAAUGUUAUUAUUGCAGAGAAGGAUGAGUCCGCUUCACAUACUGAGCAUGUUAAACCUUCAUAACAAUAUUUUGAAAAUGACAAGGUCUUCAUCUGUUUAGGUUUUGUUAGCAUGAAACAAAGCUACAAUCCAGAGUCGUCAUUAUGAAGGUGGGGUGUGGGCCAUUACUUUGGGAAUUAAACAUUCUUCUUAGGCAAGACCUACACUGACUACUAUCUGGUGGAUUGCUUACUAUAAUUGUCUUUGAGACAGUCCAUGUACUUAAAGAGUAAAUUUUUUAACUUAAUCCUUUGUCAGUCUUCCUAGACUAUAAAAAUCUAAUAAUUUUAUUAGUUCUGUUCACGGUUGCACCAACAUUGCUAUAUUAUACCUUAUGCCACUUUACGAUUUUCUUUUGGGCAUAGGUCAGUGACCAGUCCACUUACACCUGGGUUCACACACUUGACUAACUUGUUGAGUUUAUGCUUUCUAUUCACUUUGCACUUAUUGAAUGUAAGAAAACAGAGUGUUAUUGGAGCUUUUGAUACUGUUGAAGAAGUUCAAAUUUUGGCUUCCUAUAUCAAAGUUUGACCUACUAGGGUAUAUAUGUUGGCUAUUUUGUACAAUUGAAAAAAGAAUUCUCCAAAUUGUUGGUUUAUAAACAA